AUGGCUACGAUUGUUUGCCACGGUUUACCUUCAGCUCUUGAUUCACACCUUGUUGAAUCAAGAAUACACAAUCUUCGUUUAACUUCUCCAAAACCACUCACAAAUCAACCCAUUGAUUUACCUUUCAAGACGUGUUUUUUGGAAUCAAACACCAAAUCCAACGAAGAUAGUUGGAGUUCCAUUCAAUCACUUUCCAAAUCCAAUGCUUCUAAUGGCCUUAAAGAAUCCACCUAUGUUCAUCCCAAUGUGAAACUUCCAUGGCAGAAACUUAGCUCCAAGAGUUUAGAGCUUUGCACUGAGAAUCUAGGAAACGAAACAGGUGCUGAUAUUUUAGAAAGCAGCAUUGACUUUUUCUCUUUAACGAGCUCAUCUUGUGAUAAAUUGGAUACAAAGGAGCAAAAGAAAAACUCAUGUAAAAAUUUGAGAGCUGAUAAGAAAGAGCGAGCAAAGAAUUUUCCACCACCUUUGAAGAGUAUGAGAGGUUUAGAGUCUCUAAGAGUGAAACCACAUAGAGAAAAUGGAAGGUUGGUUAUGGAGUUAACAAAAGUUCCAUCAAAUGUUUCUUGCUUUCAAGCCGAGAGAAGUAAUGGUCGUCUCCGUCUUUCUUUUUGGAAUGAGGUUGACGAAGACGACACAGAUGAUACAGAUGAUGAAGAUGAAGAAGAAGAAAACACAAAUGAAGUAGAAGAAUGUAUUAUUGAUAACGAGAAUGAAGUAAAAGAUGUAGAAGAAUGUAUUAUUGAUAACGAGCACGAAGUAAAAGAAGUAGAAGAAUUUAUUAUUGAUAAUGAGAACGAAGCGAAUGCAAUAGAAGAAUGUAUUAUUGAUAAUGAGAACGAGGCGAAUGCAAUAGAAGAAUGUAUUAUUGAUAAUGAGAACGAGGAGAUCUAUGAAGUACAAACUCCAACACACAGGCACAAAAUAUUGAGAAUGGAAAAAUAUGAGAGGGAAAGUAGAAGAAGAUGUAAAGAAAUUGGCAAACAUGAAAACCAUGAAAAGAUGGCAAGUUGGAGUGAACCUCUUUGGCUUACAUUGGUGAUUUCAUAA